AUGAUUGGACUUAGACUUGCUCGUCAACGUGCAUUCCAAAGAAACUUCCAAACUUCUGCCAGAUCCUUCAACAAGAUCUUUGGUGCUCCUCAAGAAGGUGUUUACUCGAAUCUUCCAUUCAAGGUGAAGAACAGAAAAAUUCCAUUUGCUUUUAUGUGGUGGGGAGUUUUUGGAUUCUUUUUUGCAUUUCCCUUUCUCAGCACUUACCGUUCGUUGAAGAAGGCGGGAUCGUUUGAUAUGUAG